UAGGGUUUUCCUCUCACCACAUUUCAUCAGCCUCUCACUCCCAAACCCUAGAGAGAGGAAGUAGAUACUCUAGAGAGAAAAAAUGGCAGAGAAUCUGACCCUCAAAGGAACUAUGAGGGCUCACACCGACUGGGUCACCGCCAUCGCUACACCGAUCGACAACUCCGACAUGAUCGUCACCGCCUCUCGGGACAAGUCAAUCAUCCUCUGGCACCUCACCAAGGAGGAGAAGACCUACGGUGUUCCUCGCCGUAGGCUAACUGGCCACUCCCAUUUCGUCCAAGAUGUUGUCCUCUCAUCGGACGGCCAAUUCGCCCUAUCCGGUUCCUGGGACGGUGAGCUCCGCCUCUGGGACCUCGCCGCCGGCACCACCGCUCGCCGAUUCGUGGGUCACACCAAGGACGUGCUCUCCGUCGCCUUCUCCAUCGACAACCGUCAGAUCGUGUCGGCCUCCCGUGACCGUUCGAUCAGGCUCUGGAACACACUCGGUGAGUGCAAGUACACCAUUCAGGAUGGCGACGCCCACUCUGAUUGGGUGAGUUGCGUCCGCUUCAGCCCCAAUAAUCUCCAGCCGACCAUCGUGUCGUCGUCCUGGGAUAGGACCGUGAAGAUUUGGAAUUUGACCAAUUGCAAGCUGAAGUCCACUUUGGCCGGCCACGGUGGCUACGUGAACACGGUGGCGGUGUCGCCGGAUGGUUCGCUGUGUGCUAGUGGUGGGAAGGACGGAGUGAUUUUGCUGUGGGAUUUGUCGGAGGGGAAGCGUCUCUACUCGCUCGAUGCCGGUUCGAUCAUUCACUCGCUGUGCUUCAGUCCGAAUCGGUACUGGCUCUGCGCGGCCACGGAGGCAAGCAUAAAGAUCUGGGACUUGGAGAGUAAGAGCAUUGUUGCGGAGCUCAGGGUUGAUCUGAAGAAUGAGUCCGAUAUGAAUGACACAACCCAAACAGCUGUGGGCAAGAACAAGGUCAUAUACUGCACCAGCUUGAAUUGGAGUGCUGAUGGAAGCACAUUAUUCAGCGGGUACACUGAUGGUAUAGUCAGGGUUUGGACUAUCGGGCGUUAAAUUUGAAAGAUUUAAAUUUAAAAGAUUUAGGCGAGCAAUUAGCAAAUGCUUUCAUAAUAGCAUCAAGAGCCUUGUUAGGUUUCAGUUGAAAUAUGUUGGAAGGAUAUUUGUACUCUCUUAUCUAUGUUGUUUGAUGGCUUUGAGGCCACUGGUAUUUUUGGAUAUUUUUGUUGGUGUUGUCAUAUCGGGUUUUCAGACUAUCAAUCCAAGUUGUUUUGCUUA